AUGAAACAGACAAGCCAUUAUGAGCCCGAAGCUGUUGCGGUGCUGGACCAGUUUUAUGGGGACUACAAAAAGCAACGAUCAGCACAGGAGAGCAGACGACGAAGUACAGCAGCAAGCGCGGGGUCAUCCUCCGAUGACGAACGUGAUGACAAUGAUGGCGCCAAUAUGGCACAGGCGGGGACGGCGUUUGGCGACGAGGAGCGGUUCCUGAGCAGCAGCCGGCGCGACUUCACGUCGUACGACUAUGCGAGUGCGCGGCAGAAGGCGAUUGUGCCGCCGGCCGAGGACCAGGUGGUGCUUGGGCACGAGCGCGACGCUGGUGGCAGCGGCGCUGGGGAUGCCGGGCGGUUUGUGACGUCGAACCGUGCGGAGUACAGCGCGAAGAGCGCUGAGCAGGCGCGUGCGCGGGCUGUGCCUCGGCGGGAGAGCAACGUGCGGCUUGAGGGCGGGGACGGCGUUGGCGACGAGGAGCGGUUCCUGAGCAGCAGCCGGCGCGACUUCACGUCGUACGACUAUGCGAGUGCGCGGCAGAAGGCGAUUGUGCCGCCGGCCGAGGACCAGGUGGUGCUUGGGCACGAGCGCGACGCUGGUGGCAGCGGCGCUGGGGAUGCCGGGCGGUUUGUGACGUCGAACCGUGCGGAGUACAGCGCGAAGAGCGCUGAGCAGGCGCGUGCGCGGGCUGUGCCUCGGCGGGAGAGCAACGUGCGGCUUGAGGGCGGGGACGGCGUUGGCGACGAGGAGCGGUUCCUGAGCAGCAGCCGGCGCGACUUCACGUCGUACGACUAUGCGAGUGCGCGGCAGAAGGCGAUUGUGCCGCCGGCCGAGGACCAGGUGGUGCUUGGGCACGAGCGCGACGCUGGUGGCAGCGGCGCUGGGGAUGCCGGGCGGUUUGUGACGUCGAACCGUGCGGAGUACAGCGCGAAGAGCGCUGAGCAGGCGCGUGCGCGGGCUGUGCCUCGGCGGGAGAGCAACGUGCGGCUUGAGGGCGGGGACGGCGCUGGCGACGAGGAGCGGUUCCUGAGCAGCAGCCGGCGCGACUUCACGUCGUACGACUAUGCGAGUGCGCGGCAGAAGGCGAUUGUGCCGCCGGCCGAGGACCAGGUGGUGCUUGGGCACGAGCGCGACGCUGGUGGCAGCGGCGCUGGGGAUGCCGGGCGGUUUGUGACGUCGAACCGUGCGGAGUACAGCGCGAAGAGCGCUGAGCAGGCGCGUGCGCGGGCUGUGCCUCGGCGGGAGAGCAACGUGCGGCUUGAGGGCGGGGACGGCGUUGGCGACGAGGAGCGGUUCCUGAGCAGCAGCCGGCGCGACUUCACGUCGUACGACUAUGCGAGUGCGCGGCAGAAGGCGAUUGUGCCGCCGGCCGAGGACCAGGUGGUGCUUGGGCACGAGCGCGACGCUGGUGGCAGCGGCGCUGGGGAUGCCGGGCGGUUUUCUGCGAAGAGCGCUGAGCAGGCGCGUGCGCGGGCUGUGCCUCGGCGGGAGAGCAACGUGCGGCUUGAGGGCGGGGACGGCGCUGGCGACGAGGAGCGGUUCCUGAGCAGCAGCCGGCGCGACUUCACGUCGUACGACUAUGCGAGUGCGCGGCAGAAGGCGAUUGUGCCGCCGGCCGAGGACCAGGUGGUGCUUGGGCACGAGCGCGACGCUGGUGGCAGCGGCGCUGGGGAUGCCGGGCGGUUUGUGACGUCGAACCGUGCGGAGUACAGCGCGAAGAGCGCUGAGCAGGCGCGUGCGCGGGCUGUGCCUCGGCGGGAGAGCAACGUGCGGCUUGAGGGCGGGGACGGCGUUGGCGACGAGGAGCGUGCGCGGCAGAAGGCGAUUGUGCCGCCGGCCGAGGACCAGGUGGUGCUUGGGCACGAGCGCGACGCUGGUGGCAGCGGCGCUGGGGAUGCCGGGCGGUUUGUGACGUCGAACCGUGCGGAGUACAGCGCGAAGAGCGCAGAGCAGGCGCGUGCGCGGGCUGUGCCUCGGCGGGAGAGCAACGUGCGGCUUGAGGGCGGGGACGGCGUUGGCGACGAGAAGCGGUUCCUGAGCAGCAGCCGGCGCGACUUCACGUCGUACGACUAUGCGAGUGCGCGGCAGAAGGCGAUUGUGCCGCCGGCCGAGGACCAGGUGGUGCUUGGGCAUGAUGGUUUAAGCAAGCGGUUGAGCGGUGCGGGCGCUGGUGAUGAUGGUGAUGAGCGGCCUUCCAUGGACCUGCAGACAACGUCGUCGACGUCGUACCGCGGGCACGACCUUGGUCUUUACCGACGCGAGGGCGAGCGGUUGAGCGGUGCGGGCGCUGGCGAUGAUGGUGAUGAGCGGCCUUCCAUGGACCUGCAGACAACGUCGUCGACGUCGUACCGCGGGCACGACCUUGGUCUUUACCGACGCGAGGGCGAGCGGUUAAGCGGUGCGGGCGCUGGCGAUGAUGGUGAUGAGCGGCCUUCCAUGGACCUGCAGACAACGUCGUCGACGUCGUACCGCGGGCACGACCUUGGUCUUUACCGACGCGAGGGCGAGCGGUUGAGCGGUGCGGGCGCUGGUGAUGAUGGUGAUGAGCGGCCUUCCAUGGACCUGCAGACAACGUCGUCGACGUCGUACCGCGGGCACGACCUUGGUCUUUACCGACGCGAGGGCGAGCGGUUGAGCGCGCCUUGCAUGGACCUGCAGACAACGUCGUCGACGUCGUACCGCGGGCACGACCUUGGUCUUUACCGACGCGAGGGCGAGCGGUUGAGCGGUGCGGGCGCUGGUGAUGAUGGUGAUGAGCGGCCUUCCAUGGACCUGCAGACAACGUCGUCGACGUCGUACCGCGGGCACGACCUUGGUCUUUACCGACGCGAGGGCGAGCGGUUGAGCGGUGCGGGCGCUGGUGAUGAUGGUGAUGAGCGGCCUUCCAUGGACCUGCAGACAACGUCGUCGACGUCGUACCGCGGGCACGACCUUGGUCUUUACCGACGCGAGGGCGAGCGGUUGAGCGGUGCGGGCGCUGGCGAUGAUGGUGAUGAGCGGCCUUCCAUGGACCUGCAGACAACGUCGUCGACGUCGUACCGCGGGCACGACCUUGGUCUUUACCGACGCGAGGGCGAGCGGUUGAGCGGUGCGGGCGCUGGUGAUGAUGGUGAUGAGCGGCCUUCCAUGGACCUGCAGACAACGUCGUCGACGUCGUACCGCGGGCAUGACCACUCUACGUCUUGGCGGUUACCUUUCGUGCCCUCACCACAAGCUCACUAUCUCCCGCCUACGAGAGUGCUGCUGUCGCCUGUUGCUUCUGCCAUUGGCGAGUCGCCCCGUGUUGUCGAGGACUUUCUUCAAGAAAUGCAGCGUGGUGCCGGUGUGUCACCGCACCAUCACAGGCGUGCGCGGCGCAAGCUAUCGCAAGGGCUGACGAAACGGCGCCACACAGAGUUGCUGCCUCCAAGCAAGAGUCGGAAUGGGUCGAGGGUGCGGUUUGCUGACAGCGAGGCGGUGGUUGAGUUUGACACGAACGAGCCACCCACCCCGUCGUCACCCGGCCGUCGAAAGCAGUGGAGAAAGCGGCCCGCGCGUGUGCGAGCAGUACCUUUGCUGCCAUGACUUCGACCAUGGUCAAACAAACAAUCAACCAAACAGCAUGUGUUUAUGAUUGGCAACCCUCUUCUUCUUCUCCAUGUAAUAACUGGUGUUCUUGUGCUGGAGAUGCGUCUUGUGUGUGAUGCACGUGAUUCCACCCUCUCCCUCACUCUCGUUAUGCUCUCUCGCAGUUGUGCAUAGGCUGAUGCGAUUGUUUCAUUGUUCAUACAAAAUAAAGUCAGCUUGGGC